UAGCAUCAGUGUGAACAAAACGGUAUGUGAAGUGUGAAGUGUAGCGCGGGAAAGGUGCGAGCAGGACGCCGCCAUCACCACCUCCACCACCACCACCAUGGCUCUACACAACUACGAGAAGAUUGAGAAGAUCGGCGAGGGUACCUACGGCGUGGUAUACAAGGCGCAGGACAGAGUAACUAAGAGGAUUGUGGCGCUGAAGAAGAUAAGACUGGAGAAUGAGGCGGAUGGAGUACCAAGUACAGCUCUACGGGAAAUUUCCCUUUUGAAGGAACUUGAUCAUGAAAACAUUGUACGUCUUCUUGAUGUGGUUUAUGGUGAUCGCAAACUCUACAUGGUCUUUGAAUAUCUUAAUCAGGAUCAAUCAAGUUAGCAGACUUUGGCUUGGCUAGAGCAUUCUGUUUACCAGUCAGAGCCUAUACACAUGAAGUGGUAACAUUGUGGUACAGAGCUCCAGAAAUUCUUCUUGGGGCAAAAAACUAUUGCACUGCUGUUGAUAUGUGGAGCCUUGGGGCCAUUUUUGCU